AUGGCUGCCAUGGCGGCCCGCGGCCCCGGCCCGGCGGCCCCGGCCCCCGGAUUGGCCGUGCGCCUGGCCCUGCUGCUGGCGGGCCUGGGAUCGAUGCUGCUCUUGCUGCCGCACUGGGCCUCGGCCGCCACCGCCGACGACCCGGACGCCGACAUGCCCCAGUUCCUGGCCUUGGAUAUGCCCAUCAGCUCGGGAACCAACUCCAACAGUGGCUUCGGGCGCCUGUUCUCCAACGACCCCCUGGUGCACUACACCCUGCACAAUACCCAGUGCCACUUCUACUCGCAGGCCACCCAUCAAAGCGUCUUCCCGGAGGCGCGUCUGGGCGGCUUCUUCCUCCGGCCCGCCGCCCGGACCAUCUCCUUUACCGACAUCCCGACGGAGUCCCGUGCGUCCAUGUUGGCCGUGGCCGCUCCCCGGGCCGACCCGCUGAUCGCCUGGCAGGAUGCCCAAACGGUGGCCCUCUCCACCGGGUCCACCAGCUACCAGUACACCUUCGACCCCGGCGCGGUGCCGGCCCUGCUGGCUGCCUUUGCCACCGGGCCCCUGGUGGCCCAGCUCCUGGUCCAGUACGGUCCCGGCACCACCACCAUCCUCAAGUUCAAUGCCGGCGCCUGGACACGCACCGACGCGGCCAUCAGCGCCACCUCCGGCACCUCCGGCCUGGCCGGGCACUUCUUCGUGGCCACCGCCACCGGGUGGGUGUGGCUGCAGGAUGGCCGGCCCGCGCGGACCAUCACCCUCGACGAGCCGGUCAUCCAGCUGGCCGCCACCCGGUACCUGGUCACCGACCCGGCUCGCGUGGACUUGGUGGUUGUCACGGCCACCCGGCUGGUGAUCUACAUCGGCCUCGGCAAUGACAAUGCCUGGCAGCAGGUCAUCACCGACCCGCUGCCGGCCUCCCGGAACAGCCUCUCCCUGUCCAUGGUCCCCCGGGUGCCUCUCAUCAGCCAGCCCACCGGCUUCCUGUACCUUGCCCAGGCGAACACCGCCAUCUGGCGAGCCAACCACCACCCCUCGCGGCCCCUGUGGCAGCGGGGCAGGGCUCCCUUCUCCUUGGCUCCCGCCGGGGCCAGGCCCAUGCCCAUCCUGAUGGAUGGCGUGCCAGGCCACCACCCGGAGCAGUGGGCCCUGUUCGACUCGUCGCGAGCCUACCAGCUCGACAGCCAGUUCGGCUGCUCCGGAGGCGAUCCCUCGCUCGUGUGCCACCCGGACAGCGCCAAGUGGGCCUGCGCCCCGGGGCGCAUCUACUCGCCGCUGGCCUCGCCGGCGGAGCUGUGCGCCGGCUGCGCCGAUGGCUACUAUCAGGUGCCCGUGACCCCAUGGCAAUACCAGUGCCUACCCUGUCCCGGGGCCAAUUGCAUUGCCUGCAUGGCCGGCGUGUGCACCGCCUGCGCGCGGAACUUCCUGCUGCAGCCGUCCACCGGCCCCGGCCAGCUGGCCUUCACCUGCGUGGCCCAAUGCGCCCCCGGCUUCCAGCCCAGUGGCGAAGUCUGCCUGCCGGCUACCAUGCCCCCGCUGGCGACUGCCUUCACGCCCAUGCCCCCGAUGGCCGAUGGCCGGACCAUCCUCUCGCUGACCCGGACUCGGGCCUACCCGAAGGCCGGCCGACUGUAUGUGUCCAAUGCGUCGCUGGCGGCCCCCGAGCCCGGGGCCAUGCUGGUCCUCCUGAGCGACUUCUCCUUCGGCAUCCUGGACAUGGCCCAGCUGGCGGCCAACCCGCCGGCCACCACCCUGCCCGUCAUCCCGGUCACCCUCAUCGGCGAUUCGAUCAGAUACUCCGGCAUGCUCUUCGAGCUCGGGCCGGUCAUGCUCCCUGGCCGGGUGGCGCGCCUGUUGCUGAUGAAUAUGUCCGACACAAUGGCCAACUACCUGAGCCUGAGCUGCACCCUGCCCGGAGCCGCGCCGGCCGACGAAUGCAUGCUCACCGCGCCGGAACUGUCCCGCGUGCCGACCCACACCAACUUCUAUCCCCCGCGGCAGCUGUCGCCGACCAUCAUCCAGGCGGACAACACCUACUUCGAGCUCCGCCCCGAUGGCACCCUCCUGUCGGUCAGGGACUAUGAUACCGCCUUCUGGGACCACUCGACCAUGCUGACUCACAUGGAUCUGGCCACUGGCCAGCCGGCUGUGUGGAUCUACCGCGUGGCAAGCGGCACUCUCAUUGCCCAGCCCUGGGAUUUGGUCAGCCGGGCCGACAGUCGCAUCCGGGCCAGUGACACCUCCCUGGCCCAGCCCAACAACCCGAUGUCGGUGGCGGCGCAGUCUCCGGCCGGGGGGCUCGCCCUGCCGCACGGUGUGGCCGCUACCACCACCACCACCACCACCACCACCACCACCACCACCACCAGCAGCGGCGGUGGCGGCUAUGUCAAACUCAUGCCCAGCAGCAGCUGGAAGCCUCUGAUGCUGGAGGUCGGGGCCACCCGGCGCCCGGCACACCUGGCCUCCGGCGACGUCCUGCUGACCAGCAUGAUCAUUCACAACAGCAUCCCCUACUGGGCCGUGGUAGCCUAUGGCUCGGGGACGGAUGCCCAGCGCCGGACACGGUCCAUCGCCGGGACGACGCACCUACUGACCCCUCUGGACCACCUGCUAAACUUCGAGGCCAGUAGCAAGUUCCAUGCGGUUGCCAUGCGCCUGCAGGGCCUGCCCGAAUACCCCAGUGCCCUGGUUGUCCUGCAUCCCAGGUUCCUGGGGAUCAUGCUGCUGCACUGCCCACUGGGGGAGCUGGCUUGCCGGCCCGGGCCGCGGCAAACCUUCGCCUAUCCGGCCGCCGCGGAGCCCGUUUCGUACGACACCCUGGACGUGGCCCAGCUGGUCGGGCCAGCUUCCCUGCCCUCCGGCCAGCCGUCGGCCGUCAGCUUCUUCCUGACCACGCGCUUGUCCUCGGCCAAGGGGUUCCUGGUGCAGGUGGGCCUGGCCGAGUGCCCGGCCGGCACGUACGGCCCCCAGUGCCAGCCAUGCCAUGCUGCCUGCCAGACGUGCACCGGGCCGGCCGCCAGCCACUGCCUGGUGGCCAAGUGUGCGGCCUACCUGCCGGCCGAGCCGGGCGUCUGCCUGGCCGCCUGCCCGGCCGGGCUGGUCCCCAACGCGCAGGGGGCCUGCCUUUGCCAUGGCAGCUGUGUGUCCUGCGCCAGUCCGGAGCCCGGGGCCCCCUUCGUGUGCACCGCCUGCGCCAUGGGCAUGGCCGUGGCCCCGGCCGGUGGCCCGCAGGCCGGCCAGUGUCUGGCCUGUCACACCUCGUGUCGGACCUGCUCGGCCCCGAGCAAUGGCCAUGCCUGCACCUCCUGCCCGGACAAUGGGGCCUUCCUGCGGCCGGAUGGCACAUGCGCCGCCGGCACCUGCCCGGCCGGGAGCUGGAACAACCCGGCAUCGCGCACGUGCGCCAGCUGCCCGGUCGGCUGCUCGGCCUGCCCGGCGGCUCCCCGGUGCUCGGCCUGCCAGCCGGGCUUCCUGCACGAGGCCAUCAUGCAAACGUGCCUCCCCUGCGCCCCGGAGUGCACCACCUGCGCCGGGAGCACCGACACGUGCCAUGGCUGCCGGCCGGGGUACCGGUGGGCGGCCGGGGCCCCGCCCACCGGCACCCCGGCCGUCGCCCGGUGUGUCGCCUGCCCCGCCUCGUGUGUCUCCUGCCGCGACGAUGGCUGGUGCCUGGUCUGCGAGCCGGGGCGACUGAUGACCCCGACCGGGACCUGUGUCAGCGUCUGCCCGGCCGGCACGGCUGUCAAUGCCGGGAAAACCGCCUGCGAGCCGUGCCACCCCCGGUGCAGCAGAUGCUCCACCCCCGGCGCGGUGGAGGCCUGUCUCACCUGCGCCCCGGAGCUCCACCAAAUGGCCACCGACGACGGCAUCACCUGCCUGGACGUGUGCCCGGUGGGCUACUGGUCGGCUGCCGGGGUGUGCACCCCCUGCAAGGAGGCCUGCCAUGCGUGCUCCGCGGAGCUGGCCUGCGACGAGUGCCAGCCGCGGCACUUCCCCCUCGACGACGGGUCCUGUGCCCUGUGCGAUGCUUCCUGCGCGUCGUGCGACGAUGCCUCAUCCUGCACCGCCUGCCAGCCCGGGUGGCUCUUCCUCAGCACCGACCCGCUGGUGGAGUCCCUCUGUGCGCCUGCCUGCCCGGCCGGGCAGUACGCCGACACGGCCGCCGGCCGGUGCACCGGCUGCCACGCGUCGUGCGACACCUGUGGCCACGCCACCGCCUGUGCCACCUGCCGGCAGGGCCACUACUUCACCAGCACCGACCCGCUGGUGGAGUCCCUCUGUGCGUCUGCCUGCCCGGCUGGCCAAUUCGCCGACACGGCUGCCGGCCGCACCGACCCGCUGGUGGAGUCGCUGUGCACCGCCGCCUGCCCGGCCGGGCAGUUUGCCGACACGGCCGCCGGCCGGUGCGCCACCUGCCACGAGUCCUGCGCCACGUGCGACAAUGCGGACGCCUGUACGGCGUGCGCGCCGGCGUACGGCUGGCUGGCCGGCCGGUGUGUCGACUGCCCGGCCGGGUGCGCCGACUGCACGCAGGCGGCCACAUGCGACACCUGCGCCGGGGGGCUGCUGGUCAUGCCGGAUGGCACCUGCGCGGGCGCCUGCCCGGAGGGCACCUUCGCCGAUGCCACCGCCGGCCGGUGUCGGCCAUGCGACGCCUCCUGCGCCGCGUGCGCCGGCGAUGCCGCAUGCACGGUCUGCCGGCCGCACAUGGUCUUCUCCGACCCCGACCCCGCCCCCGGGGUGGAGUCCCUCUGUGUGAGCACCUGCCCGCCGGGGGAGUUCGCCGGGCCCGGGCGCUGCACCAUCUGCCACGAGUCCUGCGCCCUGUGCGCCGGGGCGGCGGCGCAGUGCCAGCUGUGUGCCCCGGGGUUCCAUUGGGUCGCCGGGGCCCCGGGCGCCGGGGCCACCGGCACCUGUGUGCCCUGCCCGGCCGGCUGCACGGCCUGCGUGGGGGACUUCUGCCUCGAGUGCCAGGCCGGCCUCUUCCUGGGCCGGGAGGGCGCCUGCAUGGCCGACUGCCCGGGGGACCACUUCGCCGACGUCGAGUCGGCCACCUGCCAGCCGUGCGCCCUCGAGUGCGCCGCCUGCCUCGGCCCCACGGCGGCCCACUGCACGGCCUGCUCCCCGGGGCUGGACUCCUUCCCGGGGCAGGGGGAGCUGGUUUCCUGCGCAUCCCCCUGCGAGCCGGGCGAGUACCGGCACCCGGUCAGCCAAGCCUGCGCCCCCUGCCACGAAUCCUGUGCCACUUGCAAUGGGCCCACCGACCACCACUGCUGGCGGUGCUCCGCCACCGGGGCCGUCCUCCAGGACGGCGAGUGUCUGCUGGCCUGUGCCGCCGGCUUCGCCCCGGUGGCCGGCCGGUGCCUGCCCUGUCACCCGUCCUGCGGCCAGUGCCUCGGCACCCGGGCCACCGAGUGUGUGGACACCUGCCGGGAGGACCUGCUGCCGAUGCCGGCCGGCCAGUGGCCCACGCGCUGCGUCGCCAGCUGCCCGGUCGGCCAUGCGGCCGGGCCGGCCGGCUGCUCCGCCUGCGGGGCCCACUGCGCCAGCUGCCCCGGCUCGGCCGCGGUGUGCUCCCAGUGCGAGCGCGGCUGGCUGCUGGCCAGCCCGGACUGCGUGCAGGACUGCCCCGGCGCCUCGAUCCCCCAGGGGGGCCUGUGCGCCACGUGCGACCCGUCCUGCGCCUCGUGCUACGGGCCCGGCCCGGCCCGGUGCCUGAGCUGCCCGCCCGAUACCCCGCUCCUGGUCAAUGGGUCCUGCCAUGGGGCCUGCCCGCCGGGGACCGUGUUCGACGCCCCCUCCGGCCGGUGCGCCCCCUGCCAUGGCGCCUGCGCCGAGUGCCACGGCCCGGCCGCCAACCAAUGCACCGUCUGCCCGGGCCCGGGGGAGGUCCUCCUCGACGGGGCCUGCCUGGCUGCCUGCCCGGCAGGGCACUAUGUCCUGCGCCCGGGCCCGGGGGCCUCGCCCGGCCCGCAAGCCUCCUGCCACCGGUGCGAUCCGUCCUGCGCCGAGUGCACCGGGCCGCUGGGCAGCCAGUGCACCCGGUGCCCGGCCGGGCCGAGCCUGCUCCAUGGCGGGGCCUGCGUGGACGCCUGCCCGGCCGGCACCCUGGCCUGUGUGCCGGAUGGCCGGUGUGACGCCUGCCCGGCCGGGUGCACCGCCUGCGAGGCGGCCCCCGGCAUGGGCGGCAUGUGCGCCGCCCUCUGCACCGACUGCCAGGCCGACCUGCGCCUGUCCUCCGCCGGCCAAUGCCUGGACACCUGCCCGGCGGGGGAGUUCGAGCAGCCGGACCGCCGGUGCCGGCCCUGCGUGGCGCCCUGCCAGCAGUGCUUCGGCGCCGAGGCCUUCUGCACCACGUGCCGCGACCCGGCGGCCUGGCUGCGCCCCGACACCGGGACAUGCUCCAGUGCCUGCCCGCAAACGGGCUUCGCCCCGGCCGAGCUGCUCGAUGCGCCGGCCUCGCUGCCGGGCCGGGUGUGCGUGCCCUGCCUGCCCGGCUGCGAGCUGUGCCCGACGCCGGCGACCUCCCUGCCGGCCGAUGUCUGCACCCGUAGCCCGGCGCAGGAGCUCACCUGUGCCCCGGUCGCCGGGUGCGCCCGGUGCGCCGGGCAGCUGCUCCUCCUCCAUGGGGCCUCCUGUGUGGCCGAAUGCCCGGGCGGCUUCUACGCCGACUGGGACAACCCGGCGGCGGCGGCGGCCUGUCUGCCAUGCGACGCGGCGUGCGCCCUGUGCACCGGCCCCGGCCCGGACAACUGCUCUGACUCCAAGCGCGCCAGGUCCACCGGUCUGGCCCUCGGCCUGGGCAUCGGCCUGGGCCUGCUGUUCCUGCUGGUCCUGCUGCUGGCUCUGGUGCUGAUCCUGCGCCGGCGCAAGGCCGUCCAGGGCCCGGCCAAGGACGAGGACAUUGAUGCCACCAUCCUCAACACCAUUGUCGAACUCGCCCUGCCCGGUGCCAUUGUCGUGGCCGUGGAGACGGACUUCCGGCCCUUGGAAAACGGCAACCUCGGGUCCGGCACCCAGGCCCAGGUGUAUGCCGCCGAGGCCGUGGGCGCCGACAUCACCACGCGCCUCCGCUGCCCGGACGUGGUGGCCAUCAAGAAGCUGACCGACGCGCGCCCGGUGUACAUGGCCCUGUUCCAGAACGAGGUGGCUCUCAUGUGGCUCCUUCGCGACUCGCCGAACGUCGUCCGGCUCUUCGGCUACUGCGAGAGCCCGCCGGCCCUGGUCAUGGCACGGCACGACAGCUGCCUCAACACGCUCCUCAGCUCGGACAUCCCCCUCGACACGGCGGUCCUCCUGGACGUGGUCCUGCAGUGGGCCUCCGGCCUGGAGACCAUGCACGCAAUGGAGAUCGCCCACCGGGACCUGAAGCCGCACAAUGUCUUUGUCAGCCAGCGCCCGGAUGGCGGGUGGCAUGCGGCCCUCGGCGAUCUGGGCGCCUCGCAGAAUGUCAGCACCACCCGGUCCUCGGCCCUGGUCCUCAGCCCGGUGGAGCUGAAUGCCAUGUCGGCCCGGUACGCGGCCCCGGAGGUGAUCACGGCCUUCCGCGAGGAGCACCCGGUGUCUCGGGACCAGCUUCUGGCGGCGGACAUCUUCUCGGCGACCAUUCUCCUGUGGCAGUGCCUGGCCCGGCGGGUUCCCUUCGCCGGGCUCGGCGGCCUGGGCCAGAUCCUGGAGUGCAUCCAGCGCGGCGGGCGCCCGGCCGUCGACGAGGCCCUCGGCCCGCGCCAGCUGCAGGAGACCGUCCUCAACGAGCUGCUGGUCUCCGGCUGGGAGGCCAACCCGGUGCAUCGCCCGACUGCGGCCGCCUUCCGGCAAAAGUGUGCCCAUGCCCAGGCGGGCAGUUCCGCCCCAGCGCAAUAG